AUGGCUCGCAAAUUCUUCGUCGGCGGCAACUUCAAGAUGAACGGGACCUCUGAGUCCAUCAAGAAGAUUGUCGAGAACUUGAACAACGCAAAGCUUGAUACCAACGCCGAAUAUAAUGGGACACAACAGAAACUGAUAGUUAUCUCAUCAGAGGUUGUCAUCGCGCCUCCUCACGUCUACCUGUCUCACACCCGGUCCUUGGCCAAGAAGGAGAUCGAGGUUGCCGCCCAGAACGUCUUCGACAAGGCCGAUGGUGCAUACACUGGUGAGACUUCGGUCUCCCAGCUCAAGGAUCUCGGCAUCAACUGGGUCAUCCUUGGCCACUCUGAGCGCCGCACCAUCCUGGGCGAGUCGGACGAGGUCGUUGCCUCCAAGACCAAGUACGCCAUCGACAACGGCCUGAAGGUCAUCUGGUGCUGCGGUGAGUCCCUCGAGGAGCGCGAGAGCGACAAGACGGUUGAGGUUGUCACCCGUCAGCUCGAGGCCCUCAAGGCCAAGCUUGGUACCAGCGGCUGGGAGAACGUUGUCAUCGCGUACGAGCCCAUCUGGGCCAUUGGUACCGGCAAGGUUGCCACCCCCGAGCAGGCUCAGGAUGCCCAUGCCGCUAUCCGCGGAUACCUCAAGAGCAAUGUCAGCGACAAGGUCGCCGAGGAGACCCGUAUCCUGUACGGCGGCAGUGUCAACGAGAAGAACUGCGGCGAGCUCAGCCAGAAGCCCGACAUUGAUGGCUUCUUGGUUGGUGGUGCCAGCUUGAAGCCUGCUUUCGUCGACAUCUGCACCUGCAAGUCCGCAUGA